AUGUCUCAACAGCCAUCGAGUUCAUCACUCAAACCAGAACCACAACUAAAGCAUCGUCGCAUGAGUAGUAGCACUCAUGAAAUUGAUAAUCGGAACGUUUACAGAAUUGCCAGUUUCAACGUUGAAAAUUUGUUAGCUCGAUAUGAAUUCAACAAGGCUCAACAAAUGAAAAUUUCAAAACAAAGCCUUGCAUGUAAAGGAGUAAUUGAAUUUGGAAUUAAUGAUUUAAAACCAAAAUUUACAUUUUCUGAUGAAAAAAGCAAACAAAUUACAGCUGAUGCUAUUAUUGAUAUCAAUGCAGAUGUUAUGUGCUUGAUGGAAGUAGAAUCAUUACAAGUGUUAGAUGAGUUUAAUUCCACAUUCUUGAAGAAUUUGAAUUAUAAUUAUACAAUGCUGAUUGAUGGACGUGAUCCACGCCAUAUUGAUUGUGGAGUAUUGAGUAGAUAUCCAAUUGUUAAUGUCAGAAGUAAUAGACAUGCCACAUAUCCCGGUGAGAGAAAUAGAUAUAUUUUCUCAAGAGAUUUGUUGGAGGUUGAUGUUUCAUUUCCAGGAAAUCACGAAUUGACACUUUAUAUCACACAUUUGACAUCAAUGAACAAAGGUAGAGAAGAUACGCAUGAUAGAAGGGUAAAACAAGUGGAGUAUAUUUGUGAGAGAAUAGAGCAAGUAUGGAAGCAUAAAAAUUAUAAGGGCAAUUUUAUUGUUUGUGGUGACAUGAAUGACUACAAUGAUGAAAAAUCAAGUCUUGCAAAAUUAUUGAAACAUGAUCACGUGACAGACAUUAUUUCCCAAAGAUUGAAAAAGGAGGAUCAAUGGACUCACUAUUUUGGAAGAGGACAAUCCUAUAACCAAUUAGACUACAUGUUUGUUUCCAAUGAUCUUUUAUUGAGAAAUCCAAGAGCAAAACCAGUCAUUUACCGCAAAGGUUUGCCUUUGAGAGCAAGCAAAUAUAAGGGAGAACGUUUGCAAGGAGUCGGCAUGAACGAGCCAAAGGCGAGUGAUCAUGCUGCAAUUUAUGUAGACCUGUCGUUGGAAUAA